AUGGUGCUUCUGAAUAUGCUCUUACUAGUGGGGGUCGAUCACGUGAAUCCACGCCUCUUGCCCUUGACGGCCGACACGACAUUGAGCCAUCGCAGACCCCGGCACGACUUCUUUUUCACGUCACCUCUUCCCUCAGGUCGAUCUCGCCUACUCUCUCGGGCUAGCUCCCAGGCAUGGUCUAUCACAAUCUCAAAGCGCUCAUCAAGGGCAUCCGUGCCUGCAAGACAGUCGCAGAUGAGCGUGCGCUCAUCCAGCAAGAGUCCGCAGCCAUAAGAACAUCCUUCAAGGAGGAAGACUCGUUCGCGCGACACAACAACAUCGCAAAGCUCCUGUAUAUCCACAUGCUCGGGUCUCCGGCGCACUUUGGCCAAAUCGAAUGCCUGAAGCUCGUCGCGAGCCCGCGUUUUGCAGACAAGCGGCUCGGAUAUCUCGGGAUCAUGCUCUUGCUCGACGAGAGCCAGGAGACGCUGACCUUGGUCACCAACUCUCUCAAAAACGACAUGAACCACUCGAAUAUGUACGCGGUCGGCCUCGCACUAUGCACCUUUGCCAACAUUGCGUCGGAGGAGAUGUCGCGGGAUCUAGCCAAUGAGAUUGAGAAGCUGUUGGGCUCCAGCAACACCUACAUUCGCAAGAAGGCUGCUCUUUGUGCGCUGCGUGUGAUCAAGAAAGUGCCCGAACUGGCCGACCAUUUCACUGCGAAGGCCAAGAACUUGCUUACUGACCGCAACCACGGUGUCCUCCUCUCCUCCAUCACACUGGUGACGGAAAUGUGUCUGAUAGAGACUACCAUCCGGGAUGAGUUCCGCAACGCCGUUCCUCUGCUGGUCCGGAAUCUGAAAUCGCUCGUGACGACUGGGUACAGCCCCGAGCACGAUGUGUCGGGCAUCACCGAUCCCUUCUUGCAGGUCAAGAUCCUGCGUUUGCUCAGGCUGCUCGGACAAGGCGAUGAGAAGGCUAGCGAAGCGAUGAACGAUAUCCUGGCCCAAGUUGCGACUAAUACUGACUCGACGAAGAACGUCGGAAACUCGAUCCUGUACGAAACUGUGUUGACUGUGCUGGACAUCGAAGCGGACACGGGUUUGCGGGUGAUGGCGAUCAACAUCUUGGGCAAGUUCUUGAGCAAUCGCGACAACAACAUCCGUUACGUGGCCCUCAACACGCUGAACAAGGUGGUUUCGAUGGACACCAACGCCGUGCAGCGUCACCGGAACAUCAUUCUCGACUGUCUUCGCGACGGCGACAUUUCAAUCCGCCGACGAGCGCUGGAGUUGUCCUACGCCCUCAUCAACGAACAGAACGUCCGUGUGCUCGUGCGCGAGCUGCUCGCCUUUCUCGAGGUGGCCGACGACGAAUUCAAGCUGGGCAUGACCACCCAGAUCUCGUUGGCAGCCGAACGUUUCGCGCCCAACAAGCGGUGGCAUAUCGACACUGUGUUGCGCUUCCUCCGGCUGGCCGGCAACUUUGUUCGCGAGGAGAUUCUCUCUGCGUUCAUUCGACUGGUUGCGCACACGCCUGAGCUGCAGGCUUACACCGCGUCGAAGCUGUACACCGCGUUGACCGCGGAUAUUUCUCAGGAGUCUCUGACUCUCGCUGCGACCUGGGUGAUUGCCGAGUACAGCGAGCUCUUGCUCGAAGGUGGCAUCGUGGAAGAGGAAACCCACAAAUCCGUCUCUGACAAAGAUCUGAUUGACCUGCUCGUGUCGAUUCUGGACUCGCCUUACGCCAAUCAGCUCACGCGACAAUUUGUCUUGACCGCUGUGACCAAGAUAUCCUCCCGUCCCACAGUUACUGUGGCGCAGCAAGACCGCAUCUCGGAAUUGCUGGCGCAGUAUGCAACGAGUCCAGAACUCGAGCUCCAGCAACGGGCAGUUGAGUUUGUGAGUCUGUUCAAUCUGGGCGGAGACAUGAAAGAGGGUGUUCUCGAGAAGAUGCCACCGCCAGAACUGAAGGCGACUGUGAUCGGAGUUGUCAGUGAACAGAAGCCAGUCGGCUCGACAAGAUCAACUGCUGUCGACGAUCUCAUCGGUUCCGCCGACGAUCUGGUGCAAAGCCCGGUCAACGGCAGCGCUUCAGCUCAGAACAACGCUGACCUCUUGCGCGAUAUAUUCGGCAGUGUAUCAGAUCAACCUGCAGCCGCACCAGCCGCAGCCCCUCGCUCCACUGUGGACGAUAUCAUGGGGCUGUUCGGUUCUCCGCCUGUGACUGCUCAAGCUGCUCCUCCGCCUGCCCCCGCUCCGACAUCAGACCCGAUGUCGAUCUUCAAUUUGGCAGCCGCACAGCCGGCUCAACCACCUCCACCACCAGCUGCGCCGCGGCUGACGUCGUAUACGGCGUACGAGAAGAACGAGCUGAAGAUCACGUUGACGCCGCAGACGUCGCCGACUCAGCCGGGGACUGUGAUGAUCAUGGCGCGCUUCCAGGUCACAGGCAGUAAUGACGCAACGGGAAUCAGCUUCCAGGCCGCCGUUCCAAAGUCGCAACAACUCCAAAUGCUGCCCAUGUCCAACACAGACGUGAAGCCAGGAGCCGCCGAAACUCAGCGCAUGAAAGUCGUUGCACCAGUCGGGAGCGCCGUGCGACUGCGACUGCGAAUAUCGUUCUCGAUUGCUGGGAAUGCGGUGCAGGAGCAAGUAGACUUUUCAGGCUUCCCGCCAAAUUUGACGACGGCGGGGACGUGAUAUUAUUUGAUUUUUCUUCUCUCCAUAUCGUGAGCCUGUGAAGUCUUGAGUCUAGUGGAUUGCGACACACCAAUACGACUGAGAAAUGAGAUCUCGAGGGACCAUGAUGUCGCGACUACGAGUGUAUUGGAUCGCUUUCUUGUAGUGGUCCAUCCGGUCCUGGGCAUUUUUGGAAUAUUUUGAUCCAUGCAGUGAACAUACUUGCACAGAUGGUGGCUUUCCUACAGUAGAUGGCUCUAAAUCCGUGGGCAGACUUGGCCGAAACUAACCCGUAGCUGUUGGUAAGGUAAGUUACCUUACCUUAGAUUCGUUGAAG